UUCUUCUUUUUCCUUGUCGGUUUCCGACACGUACAUACAAUCAAAUAUUAAUAUUUGCUUGAUAUCUUUUGUCUUCAACAACUAUGGGAAAGAGUUACAAAGCAAUUCACGGAGUGUUGGGGAUGUUGUGUUUGGUUUUGUUGGUGGAGAAGAGUGGUGCGUAUGACUUCGUAGUUGGGGGACAAAAGGGUUGGACUGUUCCAAGCGAUCCAAAUUUCAAUCCUUACAAUACUUGGGCAGAAAAGAGCCGUUUUCAGAUAGGAGACUCCCUCGUGUUCAACUACAAUUCUGGGCAAGACUCGGUGCUAGAAGUGAAGAGUGAAGACUACGCCAACUGCAACACUAAUGCGCCAAUUGCAAAGUACACGGACGGCCACACAGUGUACAAGUUCGAUCACUCCGGCCAUCACUUUUUCAUCAGUGGGAAUAAAGAUAACUGUCUCAAGAAUGAGAAGCUUGUCGUCGUUGUGUUAUCUGAUAGGAGCAAAACCCGACAAGCACGCUCACCUGCUCCUUCUCCCUUGGCUUCAUCUUCAACCUUGGCUCCAUCACUAUCUUCUGCCGCUCCUCCCCCAUCACCACCGCCUUCAGCCGCUUCUCCCCCAUCACCAACUCCUUCUGCCGCUUCACCUCCGUCUCCACCACCAUCCGCAACUUCAUCUCCACCGGCUCCGUCACCAACGUCGACAACCGGGACAACCCCAACACUGUCUCCAGUUGGUGGGCCUCCAACUUCUAAUACCAAUGGUGCUUCUUCGGUCUUUUGCACCCUUGCUGGAUCUGUUGGAGGAUUCAUGGCUUCAACUCUGGUUUUAUCUUUCUAAAUAAACGAGUCUAUAUGAUGGACUGAGUGUGGUUUUCUUUUUGCUUGUCGUGGUUAUUGAAAUGGAUCUUUGGGUCUAUCGGCCCAAGGUUUGGAUGCUGUUUAGUACAUUCAUUUGCGACGAUAUUUGAUGAAUAAGAGGACAAUAAUUUAUGUCCGCUUUUGUGUGCUUCGCGUUCUUCAUGAUGUAAAAUUACUGUACAUGUAAUGAAAUAAUACCAUUCUUUUCGGU